AUGUCAAAGUCGCAGGUAAACAGUUACAGGUGUUGCACAAAUGUUUUUAGAGCGAAGUUGUUAAAGAAAUUAAAUGAGAAAUCGCGGGAAGUGCUUUUAGAAGUAAAUUGCAGAUAUGAUUCGUCAACUACAGCACCUGGCUUGAUAAGGGGCAUUGACCAUCUUAGAGAUCCAAGACUUAACAAGGGUCUCGCAUUCACAUUGCAAGAAAGACAAGCUCUCGGCCUUCAUGGAAUUUUGGCUCCUCAUUUCUAUACUCAGGAGCAACAAGUGGAGAUAUGCACUGUUGCUAUAGGCAGAUAUGCUGAGGCUUUGAAUAAAUACCUUUAUCUCGUAGAGUUGAUGGACACAAAUGAAAGGCUAUUUUACAGCCUUUUAAAUACGGAUAUAGAAAAGUAUAUGCCAAUUAUUUAUACUCCCACUGUCGGUUUAGCUUGUCAGAAAUUCGGUCUUGCGUACAGACGACCUAGAGGCCUGUUUAUUUCUAUUCAUGAUAAAGGUCAUAUAAAGAAAGUUAUUGGUAAUUGGCCAGAAACCGAUGUCAGAGCCAUAUGCUUCACAGAUGGGGAAAGAAUCCUAGGGUUGGGUGACCUAGGGGCUUUUGGCAUGGGUAUACCGGUUGGGAAACUUGCUCUAUAUACGGCCCUGGCUAGCAUUAAACCACAUCAAUGUUUGCCUAUUACUUUGGAUGUAGGGACUAACAAUAAGGCACUCAUAGAAGAUCCAAUGUAUAUUGGUUUGCGUCGUGAAAGGGCCCGAGGACAGGAAUACGACGAUUUCAUUGAUGAAUUUAUGUUUGCGUGCACUGAAAGAUAUGGUCCUCGCGUUCUUUUGCAGUUUGAGGACUUCUCCUACGCAAAUGCUACACCUCUCUUAGAAAGAUAUCGCGAUAAGUUUUGUACCUUCAACGAUGAUAUUCAAGGGACAGCUAGUGUGGCUGUUGCUGGUUUGCUAGCUGCUACAAGAGUAACAAAGAAGAAGAUGAGCGAGAAUACAAUUAUGUUUCUUGGUGCAGGUUCUGCCGCAACAGGCAUUGCAAAUCUAUCUGUUUUAGCAAUGGAAGAAGAGGGUCUAUCAAAAAAAGAUGCUGAAGCUAAAAUUUAUUUAUUUGAUAUCGAUGGGUUGCUGUCAACCAAACGCGAUGGGGGCGUGCCGCCUUUGAGCAAACAAUAUGGGAAAGAUGUUGAACCAUCGAAGAAUUUUGAGGAAUGUGUUAAAAAGUAUAAACCAAGUUGUCUGAUCGGUUGUUCGACAGUCGGAGGAAGUUUUACACCCGCUAUAUUGAAAAUAAUGGCUGAAAAUUGCGAACGACCUAUCAUUUUUGCAUUAUCGAAUCCCACGAGUAGAGCUGAGUGUACAGCUCAAGAUGCCUAUGACCAUACUAAUGGCAAAUGCAUUUUUUCUUCGGGCUCACCGUUCCCACCAGUGAAGUUCAAUGGAAAAACUUACAAGACGGGGCAGGGUAACAAUGCAUACAUUUUUCCUGGAGUCGCACUAGGUGUCAUGGCAACGGCUGCCUACAUUAUACCUGACAAACUUUUCUUGGCCGCUGCUAGGUCUUGUGCGAAUUUCGUUCAAGAAUCAGACUUGAAUGUCGGCCGUAUUUACCCACCACUAUCGGAUGUGAGACAAGUGUCCUUCCAAAUAGCAAUGGAUAUCUGUAAAAUAUGUUAUGAGGACGGUCUUGCGACUCAUUUCCCAAAGCCGACCGAUUUCAAACAAUUUAUUGGAAAUCAUACUUACAAUCUGAAGUAUCCAUCGUACUUACCAGAGUUCUUUGAUUACCCUGCACAGCCUAACGUCAAACUGAAAAAGAUAGACGAAUGUUAUCCUAAAAUACGACGUCAACACGUAAGUGAAAAUUUUGUGUGUGAUUUUUUAGAAUGUAAGUGUUUUUUUACGUAAAUACAUGUGUAAAAAUGUUUU